AUGUCCAAUCCAAAGGGCCUGGGUGUUCCCGUGAAUACCCCCUCCACAACCUCCAGCAAGAAGCCCUCUGCCUCGCAUGCCAAAGUCACCGCCAGAGACAUCUUCCUAUACAUCCCCAACUUGAUCGGAUACGUCCGGGUGGUCACCGCCAUCCUCUCGUUUGUUUGUAUGAAGAACCACCCCGUCUACACAUUGGUCCUCUACGGCAUCUCGGGGUUCUUGGACGCUUUCGAUGGCUGGGCUGCUCGUAAAUACAACCAAGGCACCCGCUUUGGCGCUGUGUUGGACAUGGUCACCGACAGAUGUGCCACCUCAUCCUUCAUUGCCUACUUGAGUUUGAUCUACCCCAACUACACCAUUGCCUGGCAGGUAUUGAUUUCGUUGGACUUGGCCAGUCACUACAUCCACAUGUAUGCCAUGCUUUCCAAUGGGUCCACCAGCCACAAGAACGUGGACUCCAAGCAGUCCAAGAUCUUGUCAUUAUACUACACCAAUAGAAAGUUCUUGUUCUUCGUGUGUCUUGUGAACGAGUUGUUCUACGUGGCUCUCUACUUGCACUACUACAACUUCUUCUGGUUGGGCACUGUCUUGGCCUGGUUGAGUGCUCCAAUCUGGUUCUUCAAGCAGUUUGCUAACGUGAUCCAAUUGCAGGGUGCUGCGCUCAUCUUGGCCAACAUGGAUGCUGAGGAGAAGUCCAAGUAG